AUGCAAAACACAUCAUCAAAUGUUCAAGGCUCGCUUCCAACGAGCAACACCACCAAUCCAUCCUCUUCAUCGGGUGGUGGUGGUGGUGGUACAUUCUUUUCAUCCAACACCAUGGUGAAUGAGAAAGAUAUUCAAAAUGUACCAAAAGAUGCCAUCAUCAUUGAAAAGAUUUUGCAAAGUAUGGGAGUUAAAGAAUUUGAACCUAGAGUUACCGAACAAUUGUUGGAAUUAGUAUAUAGAUAUGUUUAUGAAGUUAUUGAGGAUUCAUUUGUGUAUAUGGAUCACGCAGGAAGAAGUGAUCUUGAUUUGGAAGAUAUUCGAUUGGCGAUUCAAUCAAGAGUCAAUCAUUCAUACACGGAGCCACCACCAGUAGAAUUCCUUCUCGAAGUUGCAAAUCAAAAGAAUUCUCAGCCAAUUCUACUCCCUAAGAAACCACGUGUAUUAUUACCUCCUCAACAUUUAUGUCUUGCUAACAGAAAUUAUCAAUUUUCCAAAACACCCACAACUGAAGAGGGAAUCGCUGCAAGAAAGAAACGAAAACAAGUUACUAACACAACAAGUUUAACAACAGAUUUGAAUGGCGGAGCAACCUCAACGAACAUUGAUAAUACAAUGCAAGAUGACGACGUUUCUGCCUCCUCCGCCAACAUUGGAGCACAAGAAAGCAUUGUUGACACUAAUCUACCAGCAUCACCAUCCAAUGAAUAG